CGUCGCUGGGGCCAUGUGUGUAUUGUUUAAACUGCUCCACUCGGGGCUGAGUUUGCAGACCGAUUAAAAACUUCCAUCCGACGCAGUGAUGGCGGCCGUCGAGUCUGUGAGCGGAGCUGCCGGAGAUGAAAGCACGGACACGGGGCUCAACAUCACCCCACGGUCCCUCCACGACGACCACGACCACGCUGCGGAUCACGAGAGCUGGAUGUCCGCGGACCGCCGGUGCUCCGUGGAAGAGGAGCCGGCGCCGGAGAGCCAUCGCCGGGUGGACGAGGACGUGACGCCGCUGAGCCCGGAGGAGGUGUCGGGCCGGCUGGAGAGGACGCACCGGGAGUUCUACAACCGGAGGAAGAUCAUCAUAAAGAACCUGCCCUGCGACGUCAGCAACCAGGAGGUCCAUGAGCUGUUGGGCAACUAUGACUUGAAGUACUGCUUUGUUGACAAAUACAAGGGCACAGCCUUUGUGACACUGCUCAACGGGGAACAGGCGCAGUGUGCCAUCAAAGACUUCCACCAGCAUGUGCUGCGGGACCGGGAGAUCUCCGUGCAGCUGCAGCCAACAGACGCCCUGCUGUGCAUCGCCAACCUGCCCCGCGCGUUCACCCAGCAGCAGUUUGAGGAGCUGGUGCGACCCUUCGGUAACCUGGAGCGCUGCUUUCUGGUCUACAGCGCCUCCACGGGCCACUCCAAGGGCUACGGCUUUGUGGAGUACAUGAAGAAGGACUCUGCUGCCAGGGCCAAGUCCGAGCUGUUGGGAAAGCAGCUGGGCUCCCGCAUGCUGUAUGUGCACUGGACUGAAGUGGGCUCCCUCACGUAUCCACUCCUGCACUCUAAAUGCCUGUGCGUGGACCGCCUGCCCCCGAGCCUGCUGACCGCCCAAGACCUCCGCCACGCCCUGUCGGACACCCAUGCGCCAGUCUUCUGCCAGUUGGCUCAGGGACAAGACGGAAGCUUCCGGCGGUUUACGGUGUUGGAGUUCGCCUCAGCUGACAUGGCCGAGGACGCUCAGCGACUCACUGACGGCAGGCUGCUGGGCGGGACACACAUCAGGGUGUCCUUCUGCGCCCCCGGCCCUCCUGGAAGAAGCAUGUUGGCUGCUCUGAUCGCUGCCCAAACCAUGGCUGUGAACAGGGGUAAAGGUCUCCUCCCGGACCCUACAGCCAUGCAGAUACUUACAGGCCUCAACAACCCCGCCACCCUCAAGAUGCUGCUGAACCCUCUGUCACAGGGACCCAAACAAGGCCUCCUCGGGGCAGCCCCUCAGAUGCCCCUGCUGGCCAACCCCGCCCUCUCCGCCGCCCUGCUCCAGCUGCUCCUUCAGAACCAGGCCAAGGCCCAGCAGCAGGCAGGACUCAUCGGGGACAAUCCUCUGGCUGCUCUGCCUGUCCAGCAGGGAGUCCAUCUGCACGGAGACCUGCCCCAAGGUGGUCUCGGUCUUCAGACAGAUCCCCUAAAGCCAAUGCAACUUGGCAGAGGGCUGACAAGGGAGCAGGACUCCCCCACAGCGGCGUGCACCUUCCCCCAGACUUCCUCUCCCACCCUGCAGGGCAUCUCCAUGCCCCUGAUGGGUGGCAUGAUGGGCGCAGAUGGCCUCACAGCGCAGGGGGUCUCCAUACUAGGAGAUCCUCCCAAAGAUAUGAACCAUCCCCAGAGCACCUUCCUCGGUGUCAACAAUGUUUUCCCUUCAGGAGGAAGCUGCAGACCUCACCCCUACAGGAAGAGGCCUACACUAAGUAACGUGUCCAACCAGCACACGCACCCGAGCAUUCAGCCCAACUACAACCUGCGCUACCAGGAUUCCUACAGCCCAGAAUAUCCUCCUCUACACCAGGAUCCUCUGGCCCACUUGUAUGAGCAGCAGGAGAACCUGAGUGCUGGAUUCGGUCAGCAGCUCUCUCGUCAGCCCGACUACAGUGAUCGGUUCCCUCAGUACAGCUACCCUCCCAGUGAACCCAUGUCCUCCUACUUCAGCUCAGAGCCCGAGGGCUCCGGUAACGGUGGCCUCCCUACCACCCAUCUCAACCGGGCUGUGGGAAUGCCUCCUGUGAGCCACACCAACAACUACCCACCAGGCCUGGGGAACGCUGUCAAGACUCCCAUCGGCAGCCACAAGCGUUUGUUCUCCCGGCUGAUCCCGUCUCCGGAGCCGAGCCCUGAGGGCGGCUACGUGGGCCAGCACUCCCAGGGCCUCGGUGGUCAUUACGCAGACUCCUACCUAAAGCGAAAGCGUAUAUUCUAACUACGGCCGACUGCCUCCUCUGGUCUCUUCCAAUGAACUGCGUGGCGUGGUGGUCCUUUUGGAUUUGUCUCCUGUGUACUCCUGGUAGUGACCCCUGGGGGGCGCCGGGGAGCGCAGCCUGUUGCUUUAUGGACAGUUGUGUCACUCCAUUGGAAUUCUUGGUGGUUGUAUUUUUUUUGUUGUGUAUAUAUAUGAUUUUAGUGUGUUGGUAAAUUAAGUUUUUACUUUUUUUUUUAAAAUUAUCUUUUAGUUUCCUGUUGAAAAACUUGUACAGUGAGAAAAAAUGGUUAAAAAGCAAAUGAAGUAUUUCCUCUUAAGCAUUUUUUUAAAUUCCUGUGUUGAGUGUGGUGUAUCAGCAGAGCUACAGAUAGUUUGGACUGUUUUGAAUGGCAGCCAUAGUCUGCUUUUUAUAAUGUUUGACAUCCCACUAAAGUGAUGCUGUCCACGACUUCAGGCAAAGGGACUUGCAUAGUAUUAAGAACAAGCUUUACUUUUUAAAUUGCCCUCCUAAUUCAUGUAAAAAGUUCAUUAGUUUGUGUAAUGAGAUGGUGUUUUGGUGUUUUUACACAGGGUUGUUUUCUUUUGCUGUAUGACUCUAUUUCUGGAUUCAGCCUCUCCUCAUUGGUCAACAUGCAGCGUUCCAUCCACCAAUGACGGCUGCAUGUGCCCGGCUGUGUAUCAUGACCGGUGGAGCUUUUUACCACUCUGGCAUGUUUUCUCAAGCCUUAACUUUUUCCACGUCGUUUGUCCCUUUUGAUCCACACCCUCCAGCUUGUUUACGGUGUCCGUUUUUCUACACUGGUUGUCGAGUGAUGCACUUGGAGGUCACAAUCCUCAUCUGUUCUCACCUCUAUAAGAUGCCCUUUUCAAGUCUCCGCUCACUCAGAUGUUCAGGAGUUGAAUAUUUUCUGUGUUUUAUGUGAGUUCUGUUUUGAUAAGUUUUAAAUAUUGAAUGUGUUGAAGUCCAAACACCUCACCUCCAUGGUUGAGUUGGGUGGGUGGGUGGGGCGGUGGACGUGUGCCAUCUCUGGAGUCUGGGGAAGUACUAAUGGAAGCUAGUGGCAGGUGAUUGGUUGGUGACAUGGCUGUCCUUGUUUAUCUUUCCUUUUUUUCCCCAAUAAUUAUCUGGUUGACAGUUUGAUUGUGAAAACCCAUUACCUCUGACAUCUGCUAGAAUAUGCAGCUACACUUGAGCCUUAACAGUGUUUUCUGUGAUCUCAUCCUGCCCUGUGUUGGCUUCCAUCUACAUUUACCUUUUUCUGUGUUAUUUGCUGUGUAAAUAGUUGAGCUUGAUCAAUUUUUCCCGAGUCCAAGAAGUUUUUGUUUUCUUUAAUCAUACCUGCCUCUGGUCUGGUGUUUUGAAUGGAUUUGCUGCUCCUUUUGUGUUUUUGUCGUUUUGCCUGUGUGCUUGGACACCGCUGACGUGACGCCGCAGCAGACCGCUCAUGUUGUGUACGGACCAAGAGAUGCAGCCGUACUGUUUGAGGAUCAUUGUGAACCGCCAUCUUCUCAUCUGUGCCUCCACGGUUGUCUCUGUAUGUGCGAGUGUGUGAUGUGAGCAAGUAAAUGUUAU